AUGGAAAAUGAGGCGGUAGCAGCUGAGACUGCAGUGCCUAAGGUGGCAGUGGUGGUCUGCCUGCUGAGGGGGAAAACAGUUCUGUUGGGACGACGUCGCUCCUCUCUUGGCAACUCAACCUUUUCUCUCCCUGGAGGUCACCUCCAGUUCGGUGAGAGCUUUGAGGAGUGUGCGGCCAGAGAAGUGAAGGAAGAGACUGGUUUGGACAUUGACAAGAUAGAAUUGCUAACAGUCACUAACAAUCUGUUUGUAGACGAACCCAAACCAUUGCAGUCCGUUGCAAUUUUCAUUCGAGCAGUGCUACUGCUGGCCUAUCCUGAUCAAGUUCCUCGGUGUUAA